GGCAUCGUCGAGAUCCGGUCGGUGCGUGUCGGCGUUGUGGCCAUUCGGGCGGUGCACACCGGCUUCUACCUGGCCAUGAACAAGCAGGGGAGGCUCUACGGGUCGGGAGGGCGGACCCCCAACUGCAAGUUCACGGAGCGCAUUGAGGAGAACGGCUACAACACCUACGCGUCGCUGCGCUGGCGGCACCGGGGCCGCCCCAUGUUCCUCUCGCUCAAUAGCAAGGGCAGGCCGCAGCGAGGGGGCAAGACGCGCCGGCAGCACCUCUCCACCCACUUCCUCCCCAUGCUCGUCAGCUGA